AGUGUAACGCAAAAUGGGCAACCAGGUGACGCGCCCCGGAAUCGCCUCGCAGAAGAAACUGGAGUCCGGCAAUCACGCGAACGCCGCUCCGAGAAGUAAUGCCACCACGAGUGAGCCGGAUCAUCACAGCUCGUAUACGCAAUUUUUCCCGAUCGAGAGUUUAGCCAAGAUACUAUCACAUCUUGCACAUGAAGAAGAGCAUGUUAACGGCAUUACCAAGUCCGUAUUCCAAAAGUACUUAUUUCCUACUCAUCCUGAAUUAAGUGAUAAGCUUUUUACCUAUUUACACCACAAUGCCCAUGCUACGACUCCGUAUAUAAGUACGACAGCUUUUAAGCAGCAAGCCGAGAAAUUUCUAUCAGUAAUGAAUGAUCAAGCUAUACUAGAGAAUUAUAUAAAGAUGUACUCCAACAUAAAAGAUGAUGGCAAUGUUACACCUGAAACAUUGAGAGCGUUAUUGAUGUGUUGCUAUCAACUGGCGAUGGAAAACAAUAGUACCAGUAUGUGCCUUCAUUCGGAACAGAUAAUAAACGCAGUCGUUGUUUCAUGUUUUCACGGUAAAACUAGCUUGUCCACGAAUUAUGUGAGCAAUUGGAUUGGGCAACAUUGUCCGCGCAUGGUGUACGGCCUACAACGAUAUGUGAUACAUGUAUUGACAACUGCUUAUCGCAAUGGUAAAGCACUUUUGUCGAAAGAACAACCGCAACCUCCUAUUGAGAUACCAACGCCGGUGUUAGAAAAAUCAAAUUUAGAAUUUCCUCAAACAAACGUAUUGCCUAUAAGCUAUGUCUGGUUGUUGUCGUGUACAUUGCCACAGUGUUACCUCCAGAUCAACGAUUCACCGAAGGACAUAACUCACGCUUUGAUAGCUAGAAGAACAGGCAAUAUUUGUCCAAGGCAUUGGACGUUACUGUACAAUAGCGGAGAGCAUGGGGCCGGAGCUAAUCGCUUCCUUCACCAUGUAUUAGGUUACAGAGGUCCUACUCUACUAAUUAUAAGAGCUGCUAGUGUAGAGAGGGAUGAGGAAUGUCCAACAUAUUGCAUAUGUUCGGCCGUCGAGUGGCGAGAGAGUCAUCUCUAUUGGGGCGAUGAAGACUCGAUGGGUAUUCAAUUGACUCCGUCCUAUAAAAUUAUAGAAAAAGGUGUGAAGAUACUAUACUUGAACACGAGCAUUAGAGGCUAUCCGCAUGGUUUGCGACUUGGUAGCGAUCCGCGUUCGCCGUUUAUUAGUAUCGAUGAAUCAUUCCAUUCGGUGUGUAUUGCCGGCGCGCCUUAUCGCAUUGCGAGCUUGGAAGUCUGGGGUUGCGGCGAUACAAAACUAAGAGAAAAGCAAUUGGAGAUUAAAAAGUGGCAGGUAAAGGAAGCAGAAAAACAGAGAGUUGUGAAAUUAAGCGCCAGUGAUUGGCUGGACCAUCCUGAUCGUUAUUUACUCGAGUUGGCUGGUAGAGCAUCUUAUAACGAAUCCAAUAAUUAGAGCAGGCAAGAGAAUAUGCGUAAUUGCUCAUAUUUUAUUUUGUACAUAUGUAUAUAGUGUUAAAGAUAUAAUGGAAUUUCUCUGUACUUACAUAUAUGGCGCACGUUAUAAACGUGCACAUGAAAUGUGAUUAUGUGAUUAUUGUGCGAAAUACAAGGGACUUAUGCUUGAUAUAUUUAAGUACAAGUGCCAAGGUUUGUAA